AUGGUCAACAGUAUCAAAAGCAGAGGAAAAGUCAAGAGUAAGAAGAAGAAAGCUAUUAAUCGAUUUAAGUCUAAAAAUAAUCUGCAUGUUAGACAUGCAUUAUUUGCCGGUGACACAAACAUAGAUAUACAGCAAUGGCACCUUGAUAUGUGGAUUAAAAACUUGGAACAAGCUAGCGACCAAUAUACAACAAUCGCGAUCCUACUGGAAGUUCAAAAACUCUCGAGAAUAGACAUAGAUUCAAUAACUGUCAAUGAUGAGGUCAUCCCAUUUUGUCAGACAGCAGCUAAUCUGGGCUUCAUAAUUGAUUCAGCUCCCUCACACAAAUUAUUUUUGGCUUUGUCUCCGUCAAAGUUGGCCUCCGUCAAAAUUGUCCAGAUCAAACCGUCACUUCACGGUUCACUGUUUAAAAUUUAA